AAACUCUCGCGAGAACGUCUGCUACUUCGUAGAGACUUGGCGCGGCCGGAACGCCUGGGAUAUGGCCCGGCUGGUGCCGGCCUGGACCCGGUUGGACAAACAGCAAGAGCGGGACGUGCGAGAGCUCAUCCGGCGUGUGUCUGGUCUCCAUGACGAGGCAGAUCCCAACUUCCAGCUGGCCCUGAACUUCGCCUGGUCCAACUUCAGAUUUCAUCGUUUCUUGGAUGUCAACAGCCACAAAAUAGAAAAGACAAUAGAAGGAAUUUAUGAAAAAUUUAUUAUUCAUUCUGAUCUCAGCAAAGCUGCUAGUUGGAAGAAAUUAACUGAGGAAUUUCUAAAUUCAUCACUUCCCAGCAUAAAAGAAAUAAAGACAGAUGCACAUUAUUCCAUACUGUCACUCCUUCUGUGUCUGUCUGAUUCUCCUUCAAACAGCAAUUAUGUGGAAACACCAAGAGAGAAAGAAGUGGAAAAGAAAGAUGAUUUUGACUGGGGAAAAUACUUGAUGGAAGGUGAAGAAAUUGACCUUGGUCCAAAUGUGGACACACCAAAUUGGUCUGACGACAGUGAAGAAGAGGAUGCUCAACAGCCCUUAAGCAGGGAGGACUCUGGGAUCCAGGUGGACAGGACCCCAUUAGAAGAACUAGAUCAAAAUAGAAAUCUGGGGCCCCGAGUCAGUUGGAAAGAUGAGCCAGAUGGCCGAAGCUGGUUAGAACAGCAUGUGGUCCAUCAGUACUGGACAGCCAGACCCUCACGAAUUCCACAUAGUUUGCAUUUACACUCCAAUUUAGCUGCUGUAUGGGAUCAACACUUGUACAGUAGUGAUCCAUUGUAUGUUCCAGAUGAUAGAGUUUCUGUUACUGAGACACAGGUUAUUCGGGAAACUCUAUGGUUACUUUCAGGGGUAAAAAAACUCUUUAUAUUUCAGUUGAUAGAUGGGAAGGUAACUGUGAGAAACAAUAUUAUAGUAACUCAUUUGACACACAGCUGUUUACGAUCUGUGCUGGAACAAAUUGCAGCAUAUGGCCAGGUUGUAUUUCGACUCCAGGAAUUCAUUGAUGAAGUCAUGGGACACAGCUCCGAAAGCCCAUUACCUGGAAGUGGUUCCAUUCCUAAAAAGUCAUCUGAAGCUCCCUUUAGAACCUACCAGGCUUUCAUGUGGGCCCUGUACAAAUAUUUUAUUAGCUUCAAAAAGGAACUUACAGAAAUUGAGAAGUCCAUCAUCAAUAAUGAUACCACCAUAACUCUUGCAAUAGUAGUGGACAAGCUCUCACCUCGAUUGGCUCAGCUCAAGGUUUUGCACAAAGUGUUUAGUACUGGAGUAGCAGAAGUUCCCCCUGACACUCGGAAUGUUGUCCGGGCAUCUCACCUGCUCAAUACCCUGUACAAGGCCAUUCUUGAAUAUGACAAUGUUGGAGAAGCCUCUGAGCAAACUGUCUCCCUCCUAUUCUCUCUCUGGGUGGAAACAGUGCGGCCAUACCUGCAGACUGUGGAUGAGUGGAUUGUGCAUGGGCACCUGUGGGACGGCGCCAGGGAGUUCAUCAUACAGAGGAACAAAAAUGUUCCAGUAAAUCACAGAGACUUCUGGUAUGCAACUUACACAUUAUAUAGUGUAUCGGAAAAGACAGAGAAUGAAGAAAAAAUGAAUGACAAUGCUAGCGCAAGUUCUGGCAGUGACCAGGGUCCCUCCAGCAGGCAGCACACCAUGGUGUCCUUCCUCAAGCCUGUCCUCAAGCAAAUCAUAAUGGCCGGCAAGUCAAUGCAGCUGUUGAAGAACCUGAGGUGUGCGGAGAGCACUGCGAGCCAGGUGGCAGCCAGAGACGCAGACAGAAAAAGCUUAUACACCCUCUUUCUGGAAUCUGUACAGUCACGUCUUCGACGUGGAGAAGAUUCCACUCCACAGGUCCUUACUGAUCAACAGGCAACCAAAGAGAACCUAAUUAAGAUGCAGUCCAUAGCUGAAAGGCAUCUUGAACUGGAUGACAUUCAUGACCCACUGCUGGCCAUUAACUUUGCAAGGUUGUAUUUGGAGCAGAGUGACUUUCACGAGAAGUUUGCUGGUGGUGACAUAUGUGUGGAUAGAUCAUCAGAAUCUGUAACUUGCCAGACUUUUGAAUUAACAUUGAGAUCUUGCCUCUAUCCUCAUAUUGAUAAGCAGUACCUAGCUUGUUGUGGAAAUCUCAUGCAAACCUUAAAAAAAGAUUACAGAUUGGUUGAGUACUUGCAGGCCAUGAGAAACUUUUUCUUAAUGGAGGGUGGAGAUACCAUGUAUGACUUCUACACAUCAAUUUUUGAUAAAAUAAGAGAAAAGGAAACCUGGCAGAAUGUUUCUUUUCUUAAUGUCCAACUCCAAGAAGCAGUAGGACAGCGUUAUCCUGAAGAUAGUUCACGACUAUCUAUAUCUUUUGAAAAUGUUGACACAGCUAAGAAGAAACUACCUGUUCAUACUUUAGAUGGUCUGACCCUGAGUUACAAGGUCCCAUGGCCUGUAGACAUUGUUAUAAGUUUGGAAUGUCAAAAAAUUUAUAAUCAGGUGUUCCUUCUCCUAUUGCAAAUAAAAUGGGCAAAAUAUAGUCUGGAUGUUUUACUAUUUGGUGAACUUGCAAAUACUACUGAAAAAUCACAACUUAAAGAAGGCCUGUUGAGUGAGCAAGACGCAGUUGCUCAGUUUGGAUCACAAAAGGCACCAGUAGGACAGCAGAUCCAUCGCAUGUUCCUCUUAAGAGUGAAGCUCAUGCACUUUGUGAACAGUUUACACAACUACAUCAUGACCAGGAUUCUUCAUAGCACAGGGCUGGAGUUUCAGCAUCAAGUUGAGGAAGCCAAGGAUUUAGAUCAGUUGAUUAAAAUUCACUAUAGAUAUUUGUCAACCAUCCAUGAUCGAUGUCUACUGAGAGAAAAGGUCAGCUUUGUGAAAGAAGCCAUCAUGAAGGUGUUGAACCUGGCUCUCAUGUUUGCAGAAGGUUGGCAGGCAGGCCUGGGGGCUUGGCAAAUGUUUGUCAUUCACACGUGUCACUUAAGAAGGGAAAAGUUCCCUACAGUCAAGGGAAAUGCUGAAAAGUUGAGGAUUCAGGAGCUCUUCUUCCUAUUUGAUAAUGUCACCAAUUAGGCAUCCAAGGAGGUUUCUCCAAAGAGGAAAAUGGGACCUCAGCUCAGCCCAGGCAGGUUCUUUCUCUGCUGAAAAGAAUUUCAGAACAUGUCAGAAGCAAGGCACACCAAAGAUUUAUUUAAGGAGAGCAAAGAUGUGUACACCCAAGGACAGUGUGUGGGUACCCCUGGCUUCUCAGUGAAGAGAAGACUAUAAUGCACCCAGGGUUGAGCUCUCUGAUAAUAUAUAUGGUUUUUCUCAGAGGAAAUGUGCAAGUUCUUAGGCAAGCUUCUUUGUUUUGGGGGGAAUUUUUUGGGUUGUUUUUUUGGUACUGGGGAUUUAACCCAGGGUGCUUUACCACUGAGUCACACCCUAUCUGUUUUUAUUCUUUAUUUUGAGACAGUGUCUUUCUAAGUUACCUAGAGCCUCACUGAGUUGCUGAAAUAGAUGUCUUUGCUUGCUUUGUUAAUGCCCUCUCCAAGUGCAGAACUUCUUUCCUCAUCACUGUGGGGCAGAGGAGAAAAUCACUGCUGCAUAUGGUUUGCUAAACUUGAACUUUUUUUUUUUUUUCCCAACAAAUUCUAAGAAGAAAGCAAGGGGUCAGGGGACUUAAGAAGCAUAUGAAAAAUCAUCAGUUUAUGGAAGUUAGUUGAUCCUGAUUUAUACUUAAAGCAGGAAAGUGAAAAAUUGUAGAUGGUGAAAUUUGCCUAAGUACCCACUGAUUAUGUGAUAUUUAAUAUUAUAGAAUAUUUUUAAGCAAAUGGUAUGGCUCUGUUUUAAAGGAAAUCUUUAAAGUAUACAUUUAUGAAAUAUUUAUGAACAAAAUGCUUUGAUAUCUCAGAUUUGCAUCUAAGUACCGGUGGGGCUGAGGAUGUGUAAGCAGGGCUAGUCCCCUGAGUGCCUGCUAGAGGUGGAUGAAGGCACAUGGGAACCGAUGGUGAGGUUCUCUCUUGUGAGGUAGUUCCCAGUUUAAGUUUCUCUCUCUCUCUCUCUCUCUCUUUUGAUACCAGGGAUUGAACUCAGGGGCACUUGACCACUGAGCCAUAUCCCCAGCCCUAUUUUGUAUUUUAUUUAGAGACAGGGUCUCACUGAGUUGCUUAGCACCUUGCUUUUUGCUGAGGCUGGCUUUAAACUCGUGAUCCUCCACUCUCAGCCUCCUGAGCCACUAGGAUUACAGGCGCGUACACCAUCACACCCAGCUUAAGUCUCUUUUUAAUAAUUCCAGAUAUUAGGGUUUUAUAUCCUGAAUUUGUUCUUUAUUUCACAGAGAAUAUAUGCUUGUAAAAAAUAGAAAUACAGAAUUAUGUAAAGGAAAAGGGGAUAUCCCCAAUCCAUCCUGGCUCCAGAACUAAAUAUUACCUGGAAAAAGGCAUGGUUUCAUGAGCUACUUUGAAAAAUUUUAUCUUAAAGUAAGACAGGGUAUUUUGUAUUUUGUUUUAUAAUCUUCAAAGUUAGAAUUUUAAAUAAUUAAUGUACUUUUGAAAUUACGCCAAAGAUAUUUUGUAGCCUACCUAUAUAUUUU